CUUCCAAGCUGAGAAAGGGGGAGAGGCCACGUGCCGCCUAUAGGUGAUGAAAGUGCAAAAGGCAACACACAACUCGAGAGAGAGAAAGAAAGACUCCUCCUUCCGCUUCCAGCCCUUGUUUAAGAUCGCUCACAGAAUAAAUAAAGAAGAAAUUCAAAUGCCACGAUGUUUAAAAACAUCCAACCAGAGAGAGAGAGAGAGAGAGAGAGAAAGACGAAGAACCCCGAAUAAGAGAGUGGAAAGGUAUCAAUAAAACAAAUUGUUGUUUUUUCUUUCUUUCUUCCUAGAGACGAGGAGGAGCGGGCGAAAGAAGAGUCCAUCUUUUUUUACUUUUUCUUCUUCUGAGACGGGCUUAUUCUUUUAUUUCUCGACCCAUUCGGAUGGCGAAUGAAAAAUAUGGCUCGGGACGAACGAAACAGAGUUGGCAACAAGUUAUACGUAUGGAAAAGAGACGGUGAGACUCACUGGUUGUUAUUAUAGUGUAUAGCGCGCAGACGAGGUUUCUUAAAUUUUCUUUCUUUUUAACAGACUCGAACGCAAGAAACUGAUGGCAUUGGACUGUUUUCGUUUUCUUUUGUUUCUUCGCCGGUGCUGGAAAAUUCGAAACAAAAAAACACACACAAGAGUGAGUGUAUCAGCUCGCCCGUUUCCAGCUGACGGCCUCGUAUGUGUGGGUUAGCCUACGUGACUAUUGAAUGCGGGCCGCGUCCAUCAUAGAGGCAAGUAACGGACAGGAGGAUUGAUGGGGCCAAAGACUAUAUAGUAAGUAGAAGAGACAACGCCGUCAGGAGAGAAUUGUAUUUUUUGAACGUGAGACGCAUAGAUGUUGGGCUCGUAUCCCGAGAUUUUUUUUUUAUUGAUAUGCGCCAAAAAUUUUCAGCCGGACAACAUAACAACAACAACAACAACGGCCCCACCCAUCGUAUUCUUGCGGCGGCGGCGCCUCGUCACGUCCGCUCCCUAUUAGGCCGGCCCAACUGUCAAUACGAAUAAGACUAAUAUCUGGCCAGACGACGUGUACACGCAGAAACAUGUUCGUUUUCUUUUUAUUGACUCGCCCGCGACCAAGUGGGUCAUGGAGAACUGACGAAACAAAAAAAUGUUUCGCUGUGAAGAGUUGGUCAUCUAUACAGUCGGAGAAGAGAAAACGCGCAUCCAUCAAUCAAUAAUAUCCAGGUAAAAGCUAAGGUAGCAACAAGCAUUGCGCACCAUUUUUCCCCGUUGACGAAUUGACAACUACUUAUUAUUGGUUGCGUAUGCAAGCAAAAUACACACAAGGACAUGUGUGCUAUUCGUUUCUUCUUUCUCUCGGGUUGAAUUUACAUGGGAGAAUGGGUCGCGGGAGACUGUCACGUUUUUUCACGUUGGCAGAUCGAUCAGGGUCGAAUCAAGUCGAUGAUGAAAGUUUGUUUUUUUUUUUGCUCUCUCGAGACGAUUCAUUGACUGACGGUGUACACAACUCAAAAAAAUGCGAUGAUUAUAAAUUUCGCACGCGGGGUUUUUUUCCGUGCGCUUCAUUCAAUUCGCCCAGUGAAUCUCUCACACCUUAACUCACGAUCGCUCUUUUUGUGUGGUGUCGGUCGACGAAAGGUGCACAAGUGCAACGUUCGGCCAUCCUCUGCUGUUGAUGAUGCGGGGCCAACCUUGACCAGUUUGGAAGGGGAAAGAAGAAGAAGAAGAAGAAGAAAAAAUGUAUCUAAAAAAGAAAAUUACACACUCGGGUGAGAUCUAUGGCCCUGAAAAGCACUCAACACAUUUCUUCUGAUGCCCCUCUCUUUUCCUUUUUUUUUACCUUUACCUUUUUACCUUUUUACCUUCUUCUUCUUGUGUUGUGACUCUCCCCUGCUGGUGCCAUGUAACGAAUGGAUUAUCCUGACGCAAAGUGAAACAUGAAGACAAAAGAAGAAGAAGAAGAUUAUUUCUCCAGCCAGCGCAGAGCUUUGCUCGGACGUGUACCUCGGCUCCUGACAUUGAGCCCUUCCGUCCGCAGUAAAUCAUCCAACAAAAAAAAAAACACCCAAGAGUGCCCAACCCUGAUUCUUCUGGUUUGCUGCUGCUGCUGCUGCCGUGCGCUGGCCCGGCGUGAAAAAUGGACUGCUGUCGUGUGUCCAUCGUUAUUAGUCUUGGGUAAUACGUUGGCUAAGACCUUGACUUUCCCAUAACGUGCGCGCUGCUCUCGCGCCCAGUGUUUGGAAAAAAAUACAAAAAUACAAAAGAAAUAAGGAAGGAAACCGUCGCUCUUUCGGCUAAUUCGGGAGUUGAUGAAUCGCCGUCGUCGUCGGCUGCUGCUGAACUGCUCGUGUAGUAAGAUGGACGUUUACGGGUUAGCGGCCCAUCGGGUUCAUUCAGCGUUAAAGCUGGCGAGGGACGGGCAGGAGCGGCGACCGCCCGGCAAUGUUGUUUUGUUGUCAUGACUGCCGGUCCCUUGUUGAUUUCUAUCAAAAAAGGGACGCGGCGUCGUCGUGAAUUUCACGACUACGUUUCUGUUUCGUCAGGACCGAGCCCCUUUUCGUUGCAUUUGUACUCCCGAGAUUCACACACACACACACACAUAGUGUUGCAACUGGCGAAACAAAAAAAGUGAUUCGAUUUCUCGAUCAGCGUCUCCAUCAUGAAGUCGAGGAAGCAGUUGGAAGCGCAGCAGCGCUACAAAAAAGAGCAGGAAGAGAGGCAGCGGAUAAAAAACGAGGAAUUGAGGUUGGAGAUGGAACGUCGGAGGCGAGAGCAGCAAGAAAAGGAAGAACAAGAGGCCCGAAUCAAAAAGGAGCGCCAAAUCCGUGAGGUGCAACUAUGCCGAACGCACUGUGAACGAUCGACAGCUCUCCUGACAACCUGCACAACAGCCCUGGCCAGCUGGUCCGUUCAGCAAUGGCAACUCAAAAAAUUUCACUGGUGCAUGAGAGUCGACGGUCUACCGGAUCCCGGACAUCUCCCGCAGUUAAACGCCUACCGCUAUCGCUGGAUCGAGAAUAGCGAGAACACGGAACCCAGCAUGGAGCGACUUCUUUCCAGAGCGCCAGAACUCAACCAAGUCCUUCACGAUCUCAACGAACUCAUCGAAAACACCCACGAUGUCCCAAUGAAACAAGUCCAACAACUCUGCCUGAUGCACAAGGAAUUGUCAAAGCUCUUGGUUCUAGAGAUCGAAGCCGCCAUCAAGAGCGUUUUAGGCGACGUGGAACGACAUCUACUGCCAGACGAGUCGCUGCUCAACGUCCAGACGUGUUCCAAACUUUUCUCACUGGCCCUGGGUACCGAUACGGCGAAAAACAGUUCCCUGACGCUGCACGAUUUCCCACGACUGGGCGUCAAAUUGGAUUUGCCUCAAAUGAUUUUGACAAAUAUGAAGCCGGUAGUGGCUUCAUUCGUUUGGUUUAAGGAGGGCCACUUUCUGGAACCUCCACAAUUAAAUGGCGUCCCCAGUCUACCGACUCUCCUCCAUCCUCUUAGCCCGGACGAUCCGCUUUACAACCUCGUCCCUGAAUCCAUGCGAGAACCUCAGCAGGAGGAUGUCCAUUUAGUGAGGGCCGACCAGGAGCAGCCUUCGGCAAAUGACGUCAAACCGGACGACUUCACUCUGGAUUUUGAUAGCCACCUGUUAGUGAUGGGUGUACUCCAGCUGCAGUUGCUUCAGCUGCCCAUACAACCGCGUCGCUUCUCCGAAUGGACAGUCGCUCUCCUUGAGGAUGGAGACAUGAUCAAAAUUUACGAGUUUCAUGCGUGUUUCAACGAAACGGCGGCGGCCAAAGAGGCCGAAAAGGCCGGCAAAAGGGGCAAAAAUGAUGACGAUGACGAACCAGGAGAUGGCAAAGAAGCCAAUGAAGAACUCCGGAAACUCAUCAGCUUCAAAAUCAAAUUACCUCCGUCGGCGUUUUGGCUCGGCUGUCCACGUCCGGUCAUUUAUCAAAAAGAUUCCGGAACAUGGAAGAGCAAAGGUGUUUGGGAUGUCCGCUUUUUCGAGGAAAUUGGAGGCCCUACAGUGCAAUUUCGCCUGGAAGAACCCGCCAUCAUGGCGUUUGCUCAGGCCAAGCGCGUCAACUUGCCUCUGCAAGGCUGGACUCUCGUCCCCAGUCACAUGAGAAGUUCAAUCAUCAAUUCCUUGGUCAGCAAAGCUCCCGUGGAAGCGGCCAAAGGGACGGCCGUCAACGAAACCCGCGGUGCGGGCGGUGGUGGUGGCGGCGGAGAUGGAGGCGGAGGAGAAGAUUGGAGUGACGAUGAAGGUUCUGAUGAUGAAGAAGGUGGAGGGCGUGGCGGCGGAGCCGCUGUGGUUGAAGAAGCCGCAGACGAGCCGGACGAAAUCGAAUACGAUCCGGAAGCCAAUUCAAUCACCCUGACACUCAACGGCACCAUAGUGUCAGUGGACAUUGAAAUCCAGGAACACCAAGUGCUGUUGCGUCGCGUCAGAACGUCGAUCUGUGUAAACAUUCAAGAUUUGACGAACAGGCCGAUGACUCCAUUCGAGCUGAUCAAAUCGCUGAGACGCCGUGGACUGGAGAUUUCGCCCAGCUACAAAGUCAGCGCCAUGGUCGACGAGCUGGCCAAAAACAAGAACCGCACAGUCGAGAAACAUCUCUACCGCUGCGUGGCACUGCUGGCCGCUUCGGAGAAAUUCUCCUUCCUGCACAGUCGCUGGAACCAAUUGGCCGGCGAUGAAAAUUUCGUUCUCCAAUAUCAAAAACUGGAAAAAGAAACAAUGAGUCCGCCGGCGCUGGCCCAAGUCUCCUUCGACCGGACGCGACUUUUGCCCUUCAACGAGAGCAGCUUAUCUCUAGAGCAGCAGGAAAACGUCAAAGAAGCCGAACCGCAGUUUUACGCCGAUUUGCUCAAUGCUCUGUUUGAAACGUCGCCUAUUGAAUUACGCAACGAAAUUCUCGAGCCGUCGCCGGACUUUGUGGAGACCAUCUACACCAUGUUGGCGGCAACAAGACCCAUUUCAAACGCAUAAAU